AUGUCUUCACUUGCAGCUGCUAGAGCAGACAAUUUUUAUUACCCACCAGAAUGGACCCCAAAAAAGGGUUCCUUAAACAAGUUUCAUGGUCAGCAUGCCUUGAGGGAGAGAGCAAGAAAAAUAGACCAGGGCAUCUUGAUUAUAAGGUUCGAAAUGCCUUUCAAUAUCUGGUGUGGUGGAUGCAACUCUAUGAUCGCAAAGGGUGUAAGGUUCAAUGCAGAGAAAAAGCAAGUGGGAAAUUAUUAUUCUACGAAGAUAUGGAGCUUUACCAUGAAGUCUGCAUGCUGCAAACAUGAGAUUGUUAUUCAAACCAAUCCAAAAAAUUGCGAGUAUGUGAUUAUUAGUGGGGCCACGCGGAAGACUGAGGAAUACGACGUUGAAGAUGCAGAAACCUUGGUACUCCCAGUUGAUGAAGAUAGAAGUAAGCUAGCAGAUCCUUUCUACCGUCUUGAACACCAGGAAGCGGAUUUGAAAAAGAAGAAAGAAGCUGAUCCGGUACUCGUACGCCUGCAGCGGAUGUCUGAUGCUAGGCAUGCAGAUGAUUAUGCCUUGAACAAGGCUCUUCGAACCAAACUUAGGAGUCAAAAGAAAAGAGUUGCUGAAGAAGAGGCUGCUUCCAGGAAAAUUGGACUUGGCAUUAGACUACUGCCACCCUCUGAAGAAGAUACCGCUGCCGCAGCUCGUGUUAGGUUCUCCUCCAAGUUUGAUAGAAAUAGGAAGGAGAAACGAGCAUUGAUAAACGCUGCUUCAAUUUUUCCUGUGUCAUCUGGAUCUUCAAAGUCCCAUUUGCAACGGUUGGAGUUAGAAUCCAAGAGAAGAAAAAUAAAUGCAGCCACAGCUUCGAAGUUGCUGGUAGGGGGUUUUAAGCCAUCCUCAUGGUCUCGUACUGCUGUUUCUUCUGCUGGGCGGAACAGGAUUUAA